AGUGACUUUGGUCGGGUUAUGUAGAGCGGUCCAACAUCGCUGGCAGCUAUUGGUUUCAGGCAACAUCAGCUUCAUUGUUCUGCUCUCCUACAUCUCCAGCUUCGCCUCCCAUCCAUCCAUCCCUCUCACUCUGCUUUCAGCCCAAGGACCGAGAACCUAGUUUGUUUGUAGUCUCCUUAAAUUUCAGAUUUGACCUAGACCUGCAAACAUGGAGGCCAUCAAGAAGAAGAUGCAGAUGCUGAAGCUGGACAAGGAGAACGCCAUCGACCGGGCGGAGCACGCCGAGACGGAGCAGAAAGCGGCGGAGGAAAAAUGCAAGCAGCUGGAGGAUGAGCUGAUGAGCCUUCAGAAGAAACUCAAACAGACCGAAGAUGAACUGGACAAAUACUCCGAGGCCCUGAAAGACGCUCAGGAGAAACUGGAAAUGUCUGAGAAAAAAGCCGCUGACGCUGAGGGUGAUGUGGCGGCCCUGAACCGCAGGAUUCAGCUGGUGGAGGAGGAACUGGACCGGGCACAGGAGAGGCUGGGUACCGCACUUCAGAAACUGGAAGAGGCAGAGAAAGCAGCCGAUGAGAGCGAGAGAGGUAUAAAGGUCAUUGAGAACCGUGCCAUGAAGGACGAGGAGAGGAUGGAGAUCCAGGAGAUGCAGCUAAAAGAAGCCAAGCACAUUGCAGAGGAGGCUGACCGCAAAUACGAAGAGGUCGCCCGUAAACUGGUGAUCCUGGAGGGCGAGCUGGAACGAACCGAGGAGAGAGCCGAAGUCGCAGAAAUCAAAGCUAGCGAUUUGGAAGAGGAGUUAAAAAAUGUUACCAACAACCUUAAAUCUCUUGAGGCUCAGGCGGAAAAAUACUCAGAAAAAGAAGACAAAUACGAAGAGGAAAUCAAGGUUCUUAGUGAUAAGCUGAAGGAGGCCGAGACCCGUGCAGAGUUUGCGGAAAGAUCAGUGACCAAACUGGAAAAAUCCAUCGACGACCUGGAAGAUGAACUCUAUGCUCAGAAGCUGAAGUACAAAGCCAUCUCUGAGGAGCUGGACCAUGCUCUCAAUGAUAUGACCUCGUUGUAGAUGCAUCUCUGUCCUGUUCUUGCUUUCUUAAAUUUCAUGCCACCUAUCUGCCUUCAUUCCGUGUGCCUUGCUUAUGUCUCAAUAAAGCACUCUCAUUGUCUCAUUUCAGACUCUCAGUCUUCUGUUCUCUGAAUCUAGGUUCUUAAAUAAAGAUAUAAUACUGGAACCCCUAAGCAACAACUCUCAACGUAACCUGUAUUGGUUUAUUUUAAAUGUCAAAUAGUUU